UCGUCUUUUUUCCAAUUUUUUCUGAAUUCUGAAUCUUCAAAAUAAUUAAAUUAAUAUUUUUCCUUAGGUACCUGAUUUUUUUUUUACAAAAAAUACGUUAUCUAUUAUUGGUAUACUUACAAAUUAAAAUCAAUCGCAUGUGAGUUUUUAUUGACGAAAGACCAUGGUCAUAUUGUAUAUUGUAUUCACAAUUAUCAACACAUGGAUAAUUCUGGCGGUUGAAGGAGAUUGCGGUUGUAAUAAACUCAAGCGAGAAUCGCAAGACGAAAGUGGACCCUCAGAACAAGUCAUUUUUCCCGGUCGUGAAAAUAAACAAAACCAACAUGACGGUCUUCUUGGGCUAGUACAAGAGAUGAGCCGCAUUCCUGGAGGAAAACAUACCGUAGGAACAAAUGAACCGUUUUUUCAUACCGACCGAGAAGGUCCCGAACGAGAUGUAAUCAUAAAAGAUUUUUAUUUGGAUUGGUACGAAGUUUCGAAUCAAAAGUUUAAGAAUUUCGUGGAGCAAACAGAUUACGUUACCGAAGCAGAGAAAUUUGGCGAUAGUUUUGUUUUCCAGGAGUUCUUAAGUGAUGAAGUUAGAGAGAAAUACCAGGACUUCCGCGUGGCCGCCGCUCUUUGGUGGUAUAAGAUAAAAGGAGCUAGUUGGCGGUUUCCCGAAGGUGAUGCGACCAAAGGAAUCGAAGAUCGUUUGGAUCACCCAGUUGUUCACGUGUCCUGGAAUGAUGCUGUCGCCUAUUGUGCGUGGAAGGGGAAACGUCUUCCAACGGAAGCUGAAUGGGAGGUUGCAUGUCGCGGCGGCAGAAAACGAAAGCUGUUUCCCUGGGGCAACAAACUACUGCCGAAGGAUGAGCAUUACAUGAACAUUUGGCAGGGUGAUUUUCCCGAGAACAAUCUUGCUGAGGACGGUAGCGUGGGUACAUGCCGCGUUGAUAAGUUUCCACAAAAUGCGUUCAAUUUGUACAAUAUCGUCGGCAACGUUUGGGAGUGGACGUCAGAUUUGUGGGAUGAGCACGAGAAGGCAAAACCUCCGAAUCGGGUGAAAAAGGGUGGAUCCUACUUGUGCCAUGAAUCUUACUGUUACAGAUACAGAUGUGCUGCGCGAUCGCAAAACACCGAGGACAGCUCAGCAGGGAAUUUAGGGUUUCGCUGUGCUGUGGAUGCUGAAUGAUUGCUCGUCGUCGCCGAUGUUGUUGCGAAAUAGAAUAACUAUUAUGUGAGUGAUAAAUAAACUGUAUACACUACAUAGUAAUCAUAA